AUCUCAUGUAAAACAACGAUGUGAAAUGUACUGUAUGGAAUGUGAUAUUCCUGUCUGCAUAAGUUGUAUUGCAUCUGAUCAACAUCUAGGUCAUAAAAUUGUGAAAAUUGAGCAAGUUUUGAAUGAAAGAAGAAACAAAAUUAUCAAAGAUUUAACUGAAUUAAAUCAAAUAAUUUAUCCAACCUACCAGGACAUUGCCUCUGAUGUACAAAACAGAAUGGGUCAGUUAGAAAAGGAAUAUGGAGAUCUCUCAACAGCCAUUACAAAACAUGGAGAGGACUGGCACAGAGAAAUUGACAAACUUGUCACGAAACUUCAAGCUGAAGUUGAUAUCAUGAAAAACACACAGUUGAAAACUCUACAGAAUCAUUUGGAUGAAAUAAACAAGAAAAUGUCUAAGAUCAAGGAUGAAAUCAGUUCAAUUAAUGAUGCUGUAAAUGGAAAUGAUAUUUCAAAACUAUUCAGUGUUACGUUUGAUAUAAACAGGCAUAGAAAUCUUCCAGAAAACAAAGUUCCCUCUUUCCCUAAAUUUACACCAGUAAAAAUAGAAGCAGAACUGUUUGGAACUUUAUCAUCAAGUUCUUUAACUUCAGACAAACAUGACUACAGCAUGAAGACAACACAGAUUUCAACGGAAUCUGGAUUCUCUUCUCCAGUCAAACAGCUGCUUGAUGAACCAGAGACUGUUACCACCAUAGACACUGGAUUUGAAUACCUUUAUAAUGUGGCCUGUCUGAGUGAGGAAGAGAUCUGGACAAGCGGGAUGGACAAAACAAUGAAACUCUUUAGUGUCAAUCAAGGAUCACUACUCAAGUCAACCACAACCAUGUCAGGGAGCGAGCCAAUGGACAUAGCAGUGACAAAAAGUGGAGAUCUAGCUUAUGUUGAUGACAAUGAAAGAACUGUGAACAUUGUGAAGAAUGAGAAGAUAGAGGAGGUGAUCAGAGUACAGAACUGGAUACCUCAUGGUGUCUGUAGUACCUCCUCUGGAGACUUUCUGGUCAUUAUGUACAAUAAUGACUAUCCGUCAAAAGUUGUCCGUUUCUCUGGUCCCGAAGAGAAGCAAAACAUUCAGUUCAAUGAUAAAGGUAAACCCCUCUUUUCCUCUGGUUUGCUUUAUUACAUAACUGAGAACAGGAAUCUGGAUAUCUGUGUGUCUGACUAUGAAGCUAAAGCAGUAGUGGUGAUCAAUCAGGCAGGGAAACUGAGAUUCAGGUACACUGGACAUACUCCUGCUCCAAAGAACAAACCAUUCUGUCCACGAGGAAUCACCACAGACAGUCAGAGUCACAUCCUUACAGCUGAUUAUAACAAUGACUGUGUCCACAUCAUAGACCAAGAUGGACAGUUCUUCCGUUACAUAGACUGUGAGCUGAGAGUACCCUAUGGACUAUGUACAGAUACAAUUGACAAUCUGUAUGUUGCUCAACAGAGAAACGGAAAAGUGAAGAAAAUCAAAUAUCUGAAAUGAAAUCUAAGAGUGUGUGCCUUUCAGAAGUCAGUUACAUCAAACAUUAUGAUUUUUCAAUACUUCAUGCACCCAUUCCUCACUAGGCUUUUUAGCAUCAUAGACAACUGCUUCUUCAAU